ACCACUGUGAGUGACGUCAUCCCUGGGUGUCAGGUGACCAAACAGGAAGAGAGAGACGACGAGACUCCCCGGCCGGAGCUUCCGGGACCCCGGGACCCACAGUGCGUUAAAACGAGCCUCCAGCAGAGUUGUAGUUUAAAAGAUUCAGCGCGAAGGAAGUAUGGAGGAUGAUGAACUUCCGCCAGCGGCUGGGUUGGCUCUCUGUGGCGUUCUUCCUGCUGCUGAGCGUGGCGGCGGUGUACUACGUGUUUGAGGUUCGCAGCUUGAGUUUGGAGCGGGUGCAGAGAGGCCCGUCAGCCCCCCCCCCCAGCUGGGCCCAGAGCCUCGGCGCCAGCCUGCCGCCGCUUCCCGUGUGGAUGUGGGCAUCUGUCUUCCUGUUGCCAUACCUGCAGCUCUUCCUCUUCCUGUUCUCGUGCACGCGCGCCGACCCGCGCGCCAUCGGCUACUGCGUACUUCCUGUCUGCCUCGCGCUGCUCUGUAGCCGCUGCGCUGCCCGCAAACCGGCCAAUCACAGAGCCCCGUCGCUCAUCCACACCUAGAGGACACGGCCAAUCACAGAGCACCGUCGCUCAUCCACACCUAGAGGACACGGCCAAUCACAGAGCAACGUCGCUCAUCCACACCUAGAGGACACGGCCAAUCACAGAGCACCGUCGCUCAUCCACACCUAGAGGACAGCCAAUCACAGAGCCCCGUCACUCCUCCAUACCUGGAGGACAGGGCCAAUCACAGAGCUCCGUCACUCCUCCACACCUAGAGGACAGCCAAUCACAGAGCUCCGUCGCUCAUCCACACCUAGAGGACAGCCAAUCACAGAGCCUGGUCGCCUCCGACAACAGACUGUUUGUUUGUGAGAUUCUUUUAUUUUAUUCUGCCGCGCUGUGAUUGGCUGCAGAAUGGGUUUGUGUCGUCAGUUACCUGAAUCCCAAAACUAUGUUGUAUUUAAGACGAGUCACAUGACACAUGCUGGUAACCAUGACAACUUUAUUCUGACUACAAUAAAAUGAAAAAAUAAAAUGUGACGUUUUAUAGAAAA